AUGGACCCAUUCUCCGGCGAGGGCGAACUCCUGAACAUAACCACCGCAUUCUACACGCACGCAUAUCCAGCCGUCCUGGACUUUGAUACUUCCUCCCUCUCCGCAGAAAACAGGACCACCGCGCAAAUCUUGAAGUACCGCGCACAAAUAGCCCUAGGGCAGUCAUCCGCAGUCAUCUCUUCCCUCAAACCUUCUCAAGAUGCCGCAUCUCGCUCUCUAGUGGCUCUUGCACGUCAAUCAUCUGGCGACUCCUCCGCCGUUGAGACUGCCUCUUCCCUUGCCGACUCGGAUCCCGAAGACGCAGUGGUGCAGAUCUGCGCUGGCACGGUACUGGCAUCCGCAGGCGAAUAUGGCAAAGCAAUUGAGUUAUUGAACAAACAUCAAGGGAAUCUCGAAGCCGUGGCGCUCCUGGUGCAGAUCCACCUCAUGCAGAACCGGACGGACCUUGCCGUCAAAGAGGUUCAGGCUGCAAAGCGCUGGGCCCAAGAUAGUCUGCUGAUCAACCUGGCCGAAUCUUGGACAAACCUUCGUGAAGGGGGCAGCGACAAAUACCAAUCGGCAUUCUACGUAUAUGAAGAGCUGGCUAGCGCACCAGGCAACACGUCGCCGACGGCUCUGGUAGGACAAGCCGUUGCAGAGUUACAUUUGGGCCGGACAGAAGAGGCAGACGCAGCACUACAGCAGGCCCUGGCCUUGGAGAACGCAGAUGUGCAGGCUAUCGCCAACAGUGUGGUGUUGGGAAGCAUUAUGGGUAAGAAGAGUGAACUGAUCCAGGAACUGCUCAAGCAAUUGCAGGAGAAGGACAAAGAUCAUGCUCUCUUGAAGGAUCUGGAGGAGAAGAGUCAUGCAUUCGACACCGCGGCUGCGAAGUACAGCGCAAAGAUCGCGGUGUAA